AUGUCCUGGACCCCACUUGACCGUGUCUACUUUGCGCUUAAUGCCCGCCAAACAGAGCCAAAGCGUGGCGAUGCGCUCAAAUUCGGCAUUUUGGGUGCCGCCAACUCGGCUGGGUGGACCCUGAUCAAUCCCGCAAAGCUACACCCGGAAGUCACAGUACAGUCCAUCUCUGCUCGAGACCGUAAGAGGGCCGAGGAGUUCGCAAAACAGCAUGGCAUCCCAGAGGUCAGAGACACAUACCAGGAAAUCCUCGACGACCCUAACAUUGACUGCGUUCUGGUUCCCUUGCCCAAUGCCCUGCACUUUGAAUGGGCUGUCAAGGCCGUCAAGGCUGGAAAACACGUUCUCCUCGAAAAGCCCUCGGUGAACAACUCGAUCGAAGCCGAAAAGCUCUUCAAUCUGCCCGAGUUCAGCAAGCCAGACGCCCCCGUCAUCUUGGAAGCUUUUCACUACCGGUUCCAUCCGGUGUGGUCUGUGUUCCGGUCUCUCAUCAGCCCCGCCGACGUCGUGCACGUCGAUACCUUCUCCAUGAUCCCGUUCUGGAUGGUCGACAUGAACCACAUCCACUUCAACUACAACCUCGGGGGAGGCACCAUGAUGGGAAUGGGCACCUACAAUUUCGCCGCACUUCGCUUGAUCUUCGCCGCAGAGCCGGAGGAGUGCCUGAGCUGCGAGGCCGAGGCCUACACGGACGGCGUCCACCACGACUGCGACUACAGCUUCAAGGCCAAGUUCAGGUUUCCGGGCGGGGGCAUUGGCGAAGCGCACAGCACGCUGCAGGGACCCGCAAUUUGGAAGCCGUCCUGGGCGACCGUUACCCACAGGCAGAUCCCCGUCCAUGACGAGACGCUGCCCAGCUCUCAGGAGAAGCUGGUGACCCGAGAGGUUACGGUGAACGGGUGGAUCCACGCCAUAUUCUGGCACCGGAUCGAUGUGAGAGAGGUGUUUGAGAUCCGCAGCAAGGAGGAUGGCAAGUUGAUCAGGAAGUGGACAGAGACCAGGUCGCACAAGGCCUACACUUUCAGACAAGCGGGCGGCGAGUUCGCACAUCUCCCUGGCGAGGACACAUGGAUGUCGUUCAAGUACCAGCUGGACGAGUUCGUGAACCGUGUCAAGGGCCGAGACACCAGGUACUGGGUCAGCAGAGAAGACUCGAUCCUCCAGAUGAAGAUGCUGGACAUGGCCUAUGAGAAGAGCGGUCUUGGAAUCCGACCCACCAGCAACUACAAAAUCGAGUAA